GAGGUGCAUGUUAUAAUGUUAUAACGAUGGUUGUUACACCGCCACGCAAAGAUAAAAAAGUUACAUAUAACAUAUUCAUUCAACUCUUAGAAUUACUGAUGCCACGAUCGUGCCAGGAUGUCUCAACAAGGAAACCGAACUGGUCGAAAGGCGGAGUUUACACCAUAUACCCUAAUCCUGGUUCACAAGUUGGCGUUCAAGUUUAUUGCGAUUUAGUAACUGAUGGCGGUGGUUGGGUGGUAUUUCAAAGACGUAAAGACGGCUCAGAAAACUUUUUUAGGGGUUGGGACGAUUAUGUUUCCGGUUUCGGGGGUUUGGAAGGCGAAUUUUGGCUUGGCUUGAAUGUGAUCCACAAUUUGACAGCUAAUAAUGAAUACGAGAUGAGAGUCGACUUGGAAGAUUUUGACGGCAAUAAAAGUCAUGCAGUUUACAGCAACUUCGUUGUGUCGGGGGCGCCUCUGUAUGCACUUGGUGUAUCCGGUUACAGUGGUAAUGCAGGUGCGGCCAUGAGAUCGGGGAAUUUUUCGACAAAGGAUCGCGACCAGGAUGCCUAUCCAGGUAGUUGCGCAGAGAGGUUCAAGGGUGGAUGGUGGUACACCGCAUGUCAUUCCGCUAACUUAAACGGCCUCUACCUGACUGGACAACAUGCUUCGUAUGCAAAUGGGGUAAACUGGGAACCGUGGCGAGGCUACUAUUACUCUUUGAAGAUUUCAGAGAUGAAGUUACGAAGAAAGUGACAAUCUGUACACUUUAUGUAGCACGUAAUCUUGUACAUUGCUCCAAUAGAAAAAAAGACCAACUCCCAAAAUAACUAUCACUUCCAAAGUUUCCUAUUUGGUAACUCGUAAGCGAGCACAGGGUGAAUGAAAUAGAACACGCGUGUUAUUUGCCCCACCACAUGAAAAUA